GCCUCAGCCUCUUAUCGUGCUAAGCUCCUGCCCAUCUGUGAACCACGCCUUCCCCACAUCGCGGGGCAGCCUCAAGGCAGCUUCACCACUACAGAUACCUUACCUUCCAUACCUGAGCAACGCACUACCCAUCUCCAACUGUACCUGCAGCUGCAACAGCAAACACCACCGACGUCAACCCAAACACUAGUCGACAGCUCCCUGCUCCAGAUCUUUGUCCCUUCACUUUUUCACAUGGUCUCAACAGUCGAAUAAUAAUUCCCAAAUUCUGUGGCGACGGCCAGAGAAUCGUCAGCCAUGGCCUCUUCCGACGUGAACCCGCUCAUUUCGAACCAGAAGUCCUCGGAGCUUCAGGCAAUCCUUCAUCCUUUGGUACUCCUCACCAUAUCCGACUACAUCACCCGUCAUACGCUGCGGUCGCAGCAAGGUCCCAUUGUUGGCGCUCUUCUGGGCCAGCAGAAUGGUCGCGAGAUCACCGUCGAACAUGCGUUUGAUUGUCACACGAUACCGGCACCAGAGGUAGAAGGAGGCUACCUCCUGGACUCGGGGCGCUUCGGUGCGAGAUUGGAGCAGAUGAAGACAGUUCACAAGGACCGAAGCCUGGACUUGGUUGGCUGGUACACUCUCCUGGCAGUCACCGGCCCGACACCCACCAUCCUCCCGAUCCACAACCAGCUUCUCUCCGAAUUCAACGAGUCGGCCCUCCUCCUAGGCUUCCAUCCUGAGGAAGUCUUUACUCAUUCCGUGGGCGGCAAGCUGCCCAUGACCAUAUACGAAUCCAACUAUGAGGUCGACGAUCCGAGAGCUGCCGAGGCAGAGGGCGAGGACAAGAAGAUGGACGACGGGGAAUCAAAGCUCAAGCUACGCUUCCGCGAGCUGCCCUAUACGGUCGAGACGGGCGAGGCUGAGAUGAUCAGCAUGGACCAUGUUGCGCGCGGUGCCGGCAACGCGACCGCCGUCGAGGCCCCCAAGGAGGCUGUCAAGCCCAAGGUCCAGCGCGUUGACCUCGGUACUAAGCGCCGCGUCGUUGUUACUGAUAGCUCAGAUGGUGAUAACGCAGAGGCUCAGCUGUCCCCAGAAGAGGAAGAGAUGGUCGCCGCUCUGACGGCCAAGGCGAACGCCGUCAAGAUGCUUCAGGGCCGCAUCCGCCUCAUCACAACUUACCUCGAACGCUUGCCGGCCGAACCCCUUACUGGGGCUGAACAGCCCGAUGCCGUAUCUGCCACCACAGAUGCGCAAACGACACCAUCUCACACUAUCCUCCGCCAAAUCCAGGCCCUCGUGAACCGGCUAGACCUCCUCGUUCCCUCUGAUGCGGAGGGCUUCGAGAAGGAGGUGCUCUGUGAGGAGAACGAGGUCGCCAUUACGUCACGUCUCAACGAACUCAUGCAGAGUAUCAGUGGCAUGCGCGACUUGGGCAAGAAGUUUAGCAUCGCCGAGUCUGCACGUAGCAGGAAUCGCGGUAAUCCGACGGCGUCUGACUUCCCCAACUACGGUCCUUCUGGCUUCAAUCUUCCCGGCGCGGGAGACAUUAUGAUGUAGAGGGCAUCUUACUUUAUGGUGCCUGGGCAGCGAAGCAAAGAGUCUUUUUUUUGGCGACGGUUGCGCGCAUCAUCAGCCUAUCUGGGAUUCAUGGGGAGGCGUUUCAGGGGAUAAUGUAGACAUGACCACACGUGCGAGGGGCACAAAUAACCCCGAAAAAUACAAACACCUUAAGUCCAG